AGGAAAGAAAAAGGAGUAGUAGUACCAUACGUAUAUUGCGUUUUCGUAUUCGUACUCACGUUCGAUUUCUUAUUUACUCGUUCCUUUCUUCUUCGUUAGCUUCUUCUUUAUUCGUUCGUUCAUUCGUCCAUGACGUGCUGCUGGACAAAGGCAGUGGAAAUCGAGCGUUACCGGUUAACCUUCCUCCCAUCUCCGUUACCUGAGAUAUAAUCCAAAAAUAAUAAGAUCAAAAAAGACGUGUACUCGGCAGGUACGAGGGUUCGAAAAGAUCGUCGAUUGGAUAAAGCCGGAAAGUGAGUCAAAGCAACGUCGCCAUUUUCAUCUGUAAAGAAAAAUAAUUGUAAAACGUUGGAUCGGCCUGGAAGAUUGAAAGAUAAUUAAUUAUUAAAGGUGCAUUCGAUUUAGUUUACCGUAUAAUUCUGAUUAGAAGUAAGAAAAAAGAAAACAGAUAAAGAGGGAAAGCGAAAGGAAGAGUAAUUACAGGAUGUCUUUCGGUACUAAUCGAUUUCCUUCGAGCCAACACACGCGUUAUCGCAGCAGUUGGGGACCGUCUUCCGUUUCCGUGUUCGAUCGUGCAGACGUACCUAGGCCAUCUCCCGAAGAAGAGGAAUACGCCGAAUUUUAUCACGAACGAUUGCAUUCGGCUCAGAGCAGGCAACUGAUUCCGCUUCAGGAAGAUUUAGCCGACUGGAUCAACAAGACUAUAAACGUCGAUUAUAUAACGGGUGAAAAUUUUUUCGACACAUUGGAUAAUGGCGUGGUUGUUUGCCGAUUGGCUAAAGUUAUACAGGAAAAAGCUAGAUCGGCUAUCGAUGCUGGAAAAGCGAAAGGGCCAAUACCGGUGAUUAGAGGACGUUGUUGGGAAAAUGCAGCGAGACGUAGCUUCUUCUCGCGCGACAACAUGGAAAAUUUUAUACAAUUUUGUCGUCGAUUAGGGGUACAUGAAAAUCUUCUAUUCGAAAGCGACGAUCUUGUCUUACAUGGUCAACCUCGGAACGUAGUACUCUGUUUAUUGGAAGUUGCAAGAUUAGCAGCAAGGUAUUCCUUGGAACCACCUGGUCUCGUCCAAUUGGAAAGAGAAAUCGCUGAACAAGAACAAGAUUUGCGUUGUCUUUCGGACAGCGGAAUUUCUCAUAGCAGUCUCGUUUCCUGGCAAUUCGCUCCUUCGAAAAUGUCAACGCUUCGACCGCAAACGGAAAAGAUUAAACACAGUAGUUCAACGUCUGAAGUGGCAGAGAUGACGACUGGUUGGUUGGAUCCGACAACGGGUAAUAAUCACGAGCCUGAAAUGAGACGAUCGAUUAGCGAUAAUGGGCCAGCCGGUAGCGAUGGAAUAAAUAGCGAUACCACGGAAGAUGAUUGGUCACGUGGUAGCGUUGAUGAUCCCGAUGACGUUACUUCGCCAUUACCCUCGUUAACUAGUUCACCAUCUCCAACCCAAUCACCUGCAGAUCCUCCGGAAUAUGCCGGACCUAUCACUGAACUCGAUCGCAAGGUGCGACGAGUUACGGAAGCUGUACAGAGGCUUUGCCAAUGUCCGUCUGGUAAAUGUUCCAGAUUGAAAGUACGAAAAGUUGGAGAAGGCCGAUAUCACAUAGCAGGACGCAACGUAUUCAUUAGGCUUUUGAAAGGAAGACACAUGAUGGUGAGAGUGGGCGGUGGGUGGGACACCUUGGAGCACUUCUUGGCGAGGCAUGACCCCUGUCAGGUGAGGGCUCUCAACCAAGAUGGUACACCACCCCCUACCCCAUCGUCUAUUUCAAAAGGCAGAAAGCACCGCGACAAUGACUUCCUACGCAUUCACGCCAAGUAUCGUGGUAUUUCCUUGGAACCCGUCCCCAUAUCUGUCUCCGGGCGCUAGCCUAAAAGCCAACAUCAACGGCAACGCCAGCAGCAAGCACGGCAUCAUCGCUCGCACUCCUCGACCCUGCAUAUCACGUAAUAAGGGCUACACAGUACUAAUUUAAAGUAGUCAACUAUGCCAUCUUUCAAAGCUACUACACUUUACUUGUCAGUUUUCUUUCUCUCUCUCUCUCUCUCUUUUCCUUUCUUUAGUUUUUUGUUGUUUACACAAACCCACGCGUAAGUACACCCUUCUGUGCAUUUCUAUUUCACUUCACUUCACUUUCACGUCAAAUUGCAAAAGUGUGUUAAAUUAUGCGUGCUGUGUACUAAUUCAUUGAUUACGAUUUGAUUGAUAACGCGGGAAGAAAAAAAAAACAAGUGAUGUAAUAGUUCGUCGCCUCGUAUCGCUUUUGUUUUACGGGAAAAAAAAAACGUUAGUAUUUUGUAUACUACUAACGUAUUUCAUUUUCUAGGAAUUUACAUUUUCACUAGAAAAUGCAAUGGUUGUCCAUGAAAUCCAUACGUUCCUACUAUAUCUCUUUGUAGGUGUUGUUAGUUCGACGCCUGAAUUUAUCAUAACAUGGAGAACAUUAUUAAUAUGUUAAGGUAUGUUUAAACAGUAUUUAGUUUAAAGUCAAGAUAUUUAUAUAAAUAUGAUUAGAUGUUAUAAGGAAAACAUCGUUUCUGUAAUCAGUUGUCCGAGCUUAUGAAAUCGGCCUAGAAAAGUAUGUAUGUGAGUUAUCGUUGGAAAUCGAGCCAGUUUAGAAAAUAAAAAAAAGACAUACGUAUUUCUUAACGAUAUUAACAAUGAAUGAAUUUCUUUUUUAACUAUUCAAAAACACAGUAGGUCUUUUUGAAUCCAACGUUGAAACUUAUCUUUCUUUCGUUCAUUUCACGUUUGUAAACUUUUUCAGCUUUUAGAAUAGGGUUUCGUGAACUUGAAAGAAGAUUAAUAAAAAAAAGAAAAAAUUAACAAAAAAAAGAAAAAAAAAA